UUAUUGCUUCCUUUCAGUGGCACACUUGAUGAAGCCGUGAACACACUGGAGUUGGUGAAUCUGUUGCAUUAGUAUUCUCAUCCUAUGAGAGUGCAGUGUGUUCAACCACGUCAUGCCUCGAGCAACUGCACCUAUCAAGGUUAGAAAAGCGCUCUUAGAUCACCUUCUGCUACCUACUCUCAAAAAACGCCAUAUAGAGUUUAUCGUUUCAACUUGCGGCGCAUAUUAGUCUAUUUCGAGUUGCGGUUACUGUCGCGGGGAGGUGUUUCGUUUAAAAGCGGCUGUUAUUUUCUUCGUUGAAGGACUAUACGGGGCAUCAAGACAUGUUUGCAUCUGGUUCUUUGUUAUCGCAUUUCUCUCUGCUGAAGAAGACGAAGCCCUGCAAGGACACUUCAGCUCUCUGCUGGAGUGACUGAAGGUGACUCGGCUUCUGCAAUCUGCAUCGUGGCAAUGCGGAGAGAAUCCAGGAGCAAGACACGGGCAGAUCGAUCAAUUGAGUAAGAAAUUUACCAAACGAGUGGCACCAUAUUGAUCAGUCAGUAUUUUAUAUCAGGGCAGUUUCUUCACUUGAUGUGUAUGCAUGAGUUCUGCACCGAAUGGGCGCAAAAACCGCCCCAGAACUGCCGGGACCAUUUUCCAGAUCGGCAGUAAGCCCCCGUCCAGAGAGCCGGAGCGCCGGGAGAGCAGCGAGGCUCUGCGUGCCGUAGCGGACUGCAGAAUGGUUGUCCAGGAGUUCAAUACACUUGUGGCCCUCUAUCGGGAAUUGGUUAUCUCUAUUGGAGAGAUUUCCGCUGAUUGUCCCUCUCUUCGUGCGGAAAUACACAAGACACGCACAAAAGGCUGUGAGAUGGCACAGACUGCACAUCAAAACCUUUCUGCAAUAUCAGGCCCAGAAGAUGGAGAAAUACAUCCGGAGAUCUGCCGCCUCUUCAUCCAGCUGCAGUGCUGUCUGGAAAUGUACCUGACGGAGAUGCUGAAGUCUGUGUGUCUGCUGGGAUCCCUGCAGCUCCACAGGAAAGGAAAACAUUUUUCAGGAGCUACAAAGGUAGAAAGUAAGAAAGAGGACAGCUCUGACAUCCCAAUCCUGGAAGACACGUCAUCCACUCUGCCGGACUGUCCGCAGACAUACUUCCUGGUGGCCACAGACAUUGAGAACAUCGAGAGGGACAUGACAGAAAUGAAAAAUCUGCUAAGCAAACUCAGGGAGACCAUGCCUUUACCACUGAAGAACCAAGUGCUGACGCUGGAAAAGCUGUUGGCGGAAUCCGGGCUGGUUGUCAGGAGUUUGGCAGGACAUCUGGAGCUGGCUCAAUAUGAUGCUGUCCAGAGCCCAGUGGAAGUCCAGAACAGGUUGACAGGAAUACACGGCAAUAGAUGGAAGCUUUGUGACUCUGAAGUCAUGUGA